AUGGGACCAUCUAGACCCCCUAGAGGUGAAGAGAGAAUUGGAGCAGCAAGUUCUGAUAUGCAAAUAAGACAAAUUGAGCUCAUAUCGAAGAAUAAGGAGAAGAAAAUUGAAUCCAGUUCGAGCAAUCUUUGUACCUCGCACACAAAUCUUCCAGUUGUAGGAGGAGAACAGGAUACAAUAACGGAGGUUCAACGACGAGGAGCUCCACUCACAUUGGCAUUAAGAGGCGAAGCAGAAAGGGACGAUCAUUUACAAGUUUAUGUGAUGCUUGAACAGACAGGUAAGUUCGAAUCGGUUCUGGUGUGCGGAUAUUCAGUGCUUGUACCAAUGAAGAAAGCCAACCGUCUGCCCAUCAAGCGACACGAACAUAAAGCCAACGAGUGGCCCACGAACUGUCAGAAGUUGUGCAAAGAUAAGAUGGCGCAUAGAACUUGCCCUAAAAAGGCACCACUCGGAACGGCACACUCAAUCCUGAAUCUUCCCUGGAGUAGCCCCACCCAUCCUGACCAUCUGCCAAUCCAUUCUGCACAUUCUACUCAUCCUCAUCCAUAUCACAGGCCUCCUUUUGAGCAAUUACUGCGGUGCCUACAGGUAUUGAACACGGGAGCGCUAAGGAUGCUGUUGCGAAUAAGAGAAAACCCAUGA